AUUUAUUUUCUCCUGACAAAUGAAUUGGCUUUUUGGGGGCUUUAACAUAUUCAAAAACUCACCAAAAUUGUUGGGCCCAUAGAGACUGUGAAACAUUUACAUAUUUUAAGGUCAACACAAAAAUCGCAAAAAAUCGGCUCAACAGCGCCCCCUAGAACAUUUCAAAAGACCCUUUCCUAUUCAGUUACUUUAUCAUAGAGAUUUGAAAUUUGGCACACUUGUAGAACUCUCCAAGCCACUCAGAAUUUAUAAUUAUUCUCAUAGUGCAAGUCAAACAGGAAUUCGGCCAUUUUGGAUUGAAUUUGCGAAUUUGACCACAUUUUGGCUGUUUAUAGCCUUCGCAUUUGAUUGAACUCCUCCUAGGGCAAAGUUAUCAAAAUGGUGAGUUUUCGUGCAUGUUGAAGGGGUGAUACCUGGGGUCAAAGUUCACUGAUUCGCCAUGAAACACAAAACUGUUAUAACUCCUACAAGGAAACUCACAGAGCCACCAACCUUUCAGUGUGUGUUCAACUUUGGAUGCCCUAUAAGACCCAAUCGUAAAGUUUUGACAUCACUUAAGCCACGCCCCCUUAGAACAGGAAGUGUCAUGUUUGACUGUGAACGGUCGCUAUCUGACCCCUUUAACCUAAUCAACAUGAAACUGUGUCCACAGACAGAAGACAUGUUGGUGUGUUAUAGCUUCCAACUCCAUGUGGUUUGGAUAGAGCUUGUGGGCACGGCGGUGUGGCGAAUUAACCUGUAACGCCGUGUCUAUACGUUUGGCUCUCAAAUCCACAAUUCUGAGUCCAGCUUCACUAAAUUCACUGGGAUGCAUCCUUAUCCAGCUCCGGAUAGGAAUCCAGUGCAAUAUUUGGUGGGCGUGGCCUAAUGGCUCAACAGUGCCCCCUAGGAGAUUUUAAAUAAUCAGUCCCAAGCCACGCUUUAACCUAGAAUUAUGGAACUUGGUACACAUGUGUGUCUUCACCAGACCUACAAAAAAGUCUCUUGGAGCCAUGGUCCAAACCCAACAAGAAGUCGGUCAUCGACUGGUGAACCUCUAAAGAGCCCAGUAGCAUUACAUUAAAACUUGACUCCACUGCACCCAAUAGGUUAAUCAAACAGCUGUAUCUUCUCUCUACAUUGGCCAAUCUGCAUGAGAAGUUGCGGGCUGCACCAGGGAGCGCUGCUGGAAACACAAUGCAGCUAAUGUCAACACAAGUGACGAGAUAAAGUAUCAAUCAAGCUGUUCAGAUGCACAUACAUUCUCCCAAAACUUAAACUGUCAUAAUCUAUGGUUGGUGGUGGUGAGGAUGAAAACUGAGACCCAGGUGAUGAUGAUGAUGUUUAUUAUAAUUUAAUAAAGAGAAGAGGGGGCAUUCCGGGGCGCCGAAGUUGCCGUACUCGCCACAGAAAACCAACCGCUACAACUUUCACAUAGAAAGGUCAAUUGGCACCAAACUUGGUAUGAGGGAUCCUGGUUGGAUGCCUGACGAUCGUAUGUCGUCAUAGUCUGACCUCACCUAAGCCCCGCCCCCUCAGAACAGGAAAUGACUCUUUUUUAUUUGGAAAGAUACAACUCUGGUUCUCUUGAUCUAAUCAAGAUAAUCUGGUGUCAGAUGAGUGAUAACAAGUUGCUCUCACUUGCUGUAAAGCGGCAAGAGUUUCCAGUGGAGGGCGUGGCCAUGGCGGCGUGGCCAAGUCACAGGUCACGCCGCCACCAUAUGUUUGCCUCUAGAUUCCACGUUUCAUCCCAGCUGCACCAAACUCACGGAGAUCCAUCCUUUUCCACCCCCCGACAGGAAUCCAGUGGAAAAUAUGGUGGGUGUGGCCUAAUUCCUCCGCAACGCCCCCUAGAAUAUUUUAAAUAAUCAGCCCCCAGCCAUGCUUUAUCCCACAAAUAUGAAAGUUAGUACACAUGUGUAACCUGUCAGGACCUACAAAAAAGUCUCUUGGAGCCAUGGUCCAAACCCAACAGGAAGUCUGCCAUUUUGGAUCAAAAUCACCGUUUUGUCUUUUUCAUUGAUGUCGUAUCUGGGUGAACUCGUCCUAGAGCUUUCCAGAUCCAGGCUUCAAACUCAGUCAGCACAGUCUUGAGGCAUUUAGGGUCAAAAGUUAUCAAAGGAAUUUUCCUAUGGCCAAGCCUCAAAUCUGGUCAUUCACCAUAAAACAUCAAGGCUGGGGAACUACGCCAGAGCGUCAGCAGUGGCGACAGAGUGGUGGUGCAGGAACCCCCGCGGUGGCAAAUAGGCCGGAGUGGCGCUGAGUUGCGAGGGCCUCCAACACCGCUUGCGGCUUUAAUUUUGCUUGUAUUUUCUUCUAAUUCAUGUAAAGCACUUUGUAUUACCUUAAUGCUGAAACUAAAUAUUUAGUUGUCUAGCUAAAUUUGUAAGCUAUAUCUAGCUUUUUGAAAGCUAGAUAUCUAGUCUAUUAACUAUGUGUUCACCUUGUGAAAUAAAUAUUUAGUUUGGAACUCUGACAUUUAUAAAUAUGUGCAUAACAUGAUGAAAUUAUGAUUUUGAAAAAUUAACACACAUUUAUUUCUCUGACAGACUAAAUUGACCUAAAUAUUUCUGUAAAUUUUUUACUGUGUAACUUUAAAAACAGCACUAUUUUGUUGACAUUUAGCAGAAGGGACUAAAUAUCCCAUGAUGCUUCAGAAAUAGAGACAGAAGGAGAAGACUUUCAUUAGAGAAGAGGUCUAUUUUUCUGAGCCCCGACAUUGUUGUAAAUUAUAACUAUUAUGUAUGAUUCAUUUAUCCUAUUUUAUUCACUAGAGUUCAGCUGACUAAUACGUCUGACUCCUUCUUGUCUUUGGAUUAGUUGAAUAUACAGUUUGGAGAAAACAUCUUAACCUAUCAGCAUAACACAGCUUUAACACAAUGUUUCUAAACCAGCCCUUAGUAUGUACGUGUGUAUGUGUGUGUGUGUGCGUGUGUGUGUGUGUGUGUAGGGGUGUGUGUGUGUGUGUGUGGGGGGGGGGUGUGUGUGUACACCUAGUAAUUACUUACUUCUUCACUGCUCCUUACUCUGGCUUAUUUUUUCAAAGAGUUUAUUAUUUUCUGAUAAUAAGCCUAUUCUUUAUUUUAUAGCCUUCCGGAAAGUUCAAUUUUAAACAAACUAAAUGUGUACAUUGGGUAAAUUAUGUCUUUUGACCUAAAUUGAAGGUGAUGCUUGGUCCAUUUAAGAUUAUCAUGAAGGAGAUCUGUCCACUUUUGUCUUGGCUCAGUGUGUGUAAUCUGAGGUGUGAAACUGAGCUGAAGCUGUGUAUUAUUGAUGCGUCUCAACCUUAGCAGGUAGCAUGGUCGACACGAGAAAGGAGAUUUCAAUCCGAUGAAAAGAACCUGCGUAUGUGUGUUUGAAUCAUGUAUGUAAUGACUCCACAGGGAAUGCGGAUGCUGUAAGCAGGAACUUAUGUUCCCGUGGUGCCGUCCUUCCAGUCCUGAAAACUGUGCUGAUCAAAAUUUGAUGAGCAGAUCUUAGUAACCUGAGAUGGACAGAAAACAUGGUGGAUCACUGUAUGCUGGGGUUCCACUACUCCUGAAUGGAAGUAGAGGGGUUGUGUGGUCCUGUAACACUGAUCAUGUAGAAUGACAAGAGCAGCAGGUUUAGUCAAACAGAUUGUGAUGAAACCUUCAAACCGCCACAUAAUUCAUUUCAGUAAUUUUCCAUAACAACAAACUUGGACUUCCUCUGUACCGGAAAUAUGAUGUGUAUCACGUUUUGAUACCAGAGAGAGAAAGAAAAAGAGAGGGAGAGAGAGGGGGGAGGUGGUGGUAGGAGGGGUGACUCUGCUUUCCCAUGUUGCAGCACACAGUGCAAUGGGACAGCAGCAGAACCACAGGAUCAGCUACCAGAAUUUAGGAAUGAUCAUCCAACAGAUGGCUCUAUAAGGCAGCAGGAGAUGGCUUCCGCAGAGAGUGGCCUCCGUAUUCAGGGGGAUGAAAACCUGCAGUCCAUGCUGGUGGGGACAGUUAUGAGAAAAAUUAAGUCUCGUACGUGGAAAAAACAACGAUAUUUCAAGCUCCAGGAUGACUGCAUGACCAUCUGGUACAAAUCCAAGAAAGCUGGCAAAGCUCACUCCACCUUUUCCAUGAUGGAUGUGGAGGUAGUGCGAGAGGGCCAUCAAAGUGAAGUACUUCUCAGCAUCGCAGACGAGUUCCCUGCUAACCAAUGCUUCACGGUGGUGUUCCAUGGUCGCAGAGGGAACUUGGACCUGGUGGCCGAGUCAGCCGAGGAGGCCCAGUCCUGGAUCAAAGGCAUGAGGAAGCUGAUUGAAAACCUGGAAAAUAUGGGAGAGAGGGAAAAACUAGACCAAUGGAUAGGUGACUGGUUCAAAAAGGCUGAUAAGAACAACGAUGGGAGGAUGAACUUCAAGGAAGUGCGAGAUCUCCUGAGGAUGAUGAAUGUGGAUAUGAAUGAACACCAUGCUCACCGUCUGUUCACAAUGGCAGAUAAAUCACAGACUGGUGCCCUUGAAGGGGAUGAGUUUGUCUUGUUCUACAAGAUGAUAACCCAGAGAGAAGAUAUUUUGAAAAUUUUCCAGGAGUACUCAUCUGAUGGUCAGAAGUUAUCCCAGAGUGACAUAGAGGACUUCCUGAGAGAGGAGCAGCUGGAGGAUGUUGAUAUCCAACCCCAUGCUCAAGAGCUAAUUAAAUACUAUGAGCCUUCAGAUACAGCGAAACAACUGAAGGCUAUGACAUUUGAUGGCUUCUUGAUGUACCUCGGUUCUGCUGAAGGCUCUAUCUUCAGUCCAAAGUGCAGGGGCAUUUUCCAAGACAUGAGUCAGCCGCUGUGCCAUUACUUCAUCUCCUCCUCCCACAACACAUAUCUGAUGGAGGACCAGCUCAGAGGACAAAGCAGUGUGGAAGGAUACAUCAGGGCUCUUAAUCGCGGCUGCAGGUGUGUGGAAGUAGACUGUUGGGAUGGUGCCAAUGGAGAGCCCAUUGUCUAUCAUGGACAUACAUUCACCUCUAAGAUCCUCUUCAAGGAUGUGGUCAAUGCAGUGGGAAAAUAUGCUUUCAAGAUAUCAGAAUAUCCAGUUAUCCUGUCAAUCGAGAACCACUGCAGUGUUGACCAGCAGAGAGUCAUGGCCCAACACCUCAAGCACAUUCUUGGUGACAAGUUGCUUAGAGGAAUGUUGGAUGGCAGGGCCCCAGAAGGGCUUCCAUCUCCUGAGGAACUUAAAGGGAAAAUUCUUCUGAAAGCAAAAAAAGUUGGUGGUUUAGAGGAAACACUCAAUGGGACUGUUGAAGACUCACUGACAGGAGAGGUCAGUGAUGAAGACGAAGUAGCAGAAAUAGAUGAAGAUAUUCUACAUCGUGAGAGUAUCCGGCGCAGAGUAAAGAAGUCAAAGCAGCGUUUGUCUAAAGAGCUGUCCGACUGUGUGGUCUACUGCAAGAGUGUCCACUUCAGGAGCUUCAAACAUGCCCGCAUCCACUCCAAGUUCUAUGAAGUGGCCUCUUUCACAGAGUCCAAAGCUCGCAAGCACCUACGAGAGGCUGGAGCAGAGUUUGUGCACCAUAAUGCCCGGCAACUGACCAGGGUCUAUCCCACUGGCUUCCGAACUGACUCUUCCAAUUUCAAUCCCCAGGAAAUGUGGAAUGCUGGGUGCCAAAUAGUUGCACUGAAUUUCCAGACAGCUGGAGAGGGGAUGGAUUUAAAUGAUGGUCUGUUCAGUCAGAAUGGCCGCUGUGGCUACGUUCUGAAGCCAGCCUUCAUGAGAGACAAAAAUGACAGGUUUGAUCCUGACCUGCCUCAGAAACGAGAUGACUACCAACCCAUCGUCCUCACCAUUCAGGUGAUAAGUGGCCAGCAGUUGCCGAAAGUCAACAUCAAAGAGGAUUCUAUAGUGGAUCCUCUAGUCAGAGUGGAGAUCCAUGGAGUUCUGAUGGACCAGGCCAAGCAGGAAACCAGACACAUUGAAAACAACGGAUUCAAUCCCCUGUGGAAUGAUACUCUGCGCUUCACCAUCCACACACCCGAACUGGCUCUGGUCCGCUUUGUGGUGGAAGACUACGACAAGACAUCCAAAAACGACUUCGUGGGGCAAUUUACACUCCCACUCAGCUGCAUGCAAAAAGGUUAUCGUCACAUUCACCUUUUGUCCAGAGACGGAACCAGGAUUUCUCCCUCAUCCUUGUUCGUUCAUGUCAGGAUCACAGAUCUGGAAUGACCUGAACAGAUGUUCUGCAAAGAACAGCCUUCCACAUUGUAUUUAAAUAAUGGGAGUCCAUUUAUAUUGUCUCAUAAAGCAUUAGAUUAAAUGUUAGUAUUGCAAUAUUAUUAUUUGAAGUGAAUGGAAAUUUUAUGCCAAAUGUGAAGAGAUUCUAAAGAGCUGAUGCAAGGAUGGCUGCUCUCCGUCUUUGUGUGUGUGUGUGUGUGUGUGUGUGCGUGUGUGUGUGUGUGCGUGUGUGUGUGUGUGUGUUGGGUUAUUAGUGACUGCAUGCAUGUGCAUUUCUGCUGUUAUUGUGCUGUAGUGGAGAAUGUGCCACCAGAUAUGAGUCAGGAAAUUUACUCCCUUGCUUUAUGUAGCCAUCUGCAUUCCUCCUGUCUUCAGUUCAGUCAUGUCGCCCAUGAUGGAAAAUCAUGAUGGAGUUCUUGCACAGUUUCAGUGGACAGCCUUUUUCCACCUUAUCUUUGAAGCACGUUGGUCUGAGUUGAAGCUGAAGUGACGAACUCCUCACAGUUCAGUAUGUGUACAUAAUAAAUAAUUGUGUGAAUUUAUUUUUGUAUUUAUACCAUGAUAUUUAUAGCAAACUGUAAACCGUUUUUGUUUUUGUAUUGGACAUAUUUUCAAUGAGCACAAUCAGGAAGAAAUAAAAGACUUUCAUUGAA